AUGUUGGCACUCCAGGCAGCAGCGAAGGAGUGCAAGCACUUGAGCGGAUGCCGAGCUGUGACUGCUUUCGUUGGGACCGAUUUCCAGAAGAACCAGGAGUACGAGUUCCGCUUCGUGACUGGGGUGGAGCCUUGCACGGCGGAUCCAGAAUACCGUACUGUGCAGCUGCCUGCAGACUCAAAGGGGUCGCAGCGGCGUCAAUGGGGUGGCCCGGCACCGCUGGAAGUCCUUGCAGCGAGGGGGGCCACGCUGGUGCAGGAGAAUCCGCCUAUCGCAAAGUUCGACGGCUUUCUCUCCGAUGACGAGAUCCAGCACAUCAUGGAGCUGGCUCGCCCGCGCUUUGUUAGGUCCACCACUGGCAUGACCUACGACUCCGGCGACAGCCGGACUUCAGAAACGGCCUGGCUCAACGCCCAACAGGAUUCAGAUGAUGCAGUUCUGGCGAACAUCACCGCUCGCAUCACUGAGCUCACCCGACUGCCGCAUGAGCACAUGGAACCUUUCCAGGUGGUCCGAUACCAAGCUGGUCAGUUCUUCCAGGGCCACCAGGACUACUUGGACGCCCAAGAGGAGCAGGUGUGUGGUGGGCGAGUUGGAACCUUCUUCAUGUAUCUGAAUGAUGUACCUGAAGGAGGUCAGACCCACUUCGCCAAGUGGGACUUGACAAUCACGCCCCGGAAAGGCUUGGCUCUUCUUUGGUGGAACGUGAACUACACAGCCCUGCAGCAUGGCAUUUUCGGCGGCACAAAGGACAUGGACGCCUGGCACCAGUCCCUUCCAGUGGUGGAGGGUGAAAAGUGGGUUGUCAAUCGCUGGCUCCACCCGUAUGACUUCCUGACACCUUACUUCGAGGGAAAGCUAAGAUGA